AGGGGAGAGAGAGAGGAAGGAGGAGGAGAGAGAGCGGAGACAGCGGCGGCGGUGCGCGGCGGCGGCGGCGGUAGCGGAGCGCGAACCAAGAGGAGAAACGAAGGGAGGAGUGGAGAGAGAAGCGAAAAGGAGCGAGAGACGAGGCAGGCGUAGUCGAGCCGGGAGCCCCGGCGCGUCGAGCCCAGCUUCUCCUCCCGGGUUCUCCACCACUCCGCGCGAUCCAUGGAGGAGGCGGCGGCGGCGGCGGCCGCUGCUGCUGCUGCUGCGGCCGUGGCGUCGGACCAGUUCCAGGCUCACCCGGGUCUCAAGCAGACCCUUCGUCAGUUCCACCUGAGCAGCAUGUCCUCCCUGGGGGGGCCCGCAGCCUUCACGGCGCGCUGCGCCUACGACCUGAUCUCGCGCAAGGACGCGGCGGACGCGCCCGCGGGCCUGCAGAGGCCUCCCGCCCUGCCGGGGCCCCUGUUGGUGCCGCCCGACAGCUCGACGGAGCGCUGCGGCACCCUGCUGGAGGGCGAGAACAUCACCUGCUUCGUGGUGGGCGGCGAGAAGCGCCUGUGUCUGCCGCAGAUCCUCAACACGGUGCUGCGAGACUUCUCGCUGCAGCAGAUCAACCAGGUGUGCGACGAGCUGCACAUCUACUGCUCGCGGUGCACGGCCGACCAGCUGGAGAUCCUCAAGGUGCUCGGCGUGCUUCCCUUCGCGGCGCCCAGCUGCGGCCUCAUCACCAAGACGGACGCCGAGCGCCUCUGCAACGCGCUGCUCUACGGCUGGGCGAGCCCGGCCGCGGGCCGCAAGGGGAUGGGGGCUGCGGCCGGCGGCGGCCUCGGCGGAGCGGCCGGCGACGGCGUUAGCGGCGGGACCGGUGGAGUCGGAGGCGGCGGCGGCGGAGGGGGCGGCGGCGGCGGCGGUGCCGGCGGGUUGGGAGACUGCUCCCCGCCCGGCGGCGGUGGCGGCGGCGGCGGCGGCGUUGGCGGCGUGGGCCCGGCCCUUAUCCGGCCUGACAAGAGCAUCAGGAUCUACCACGAGUGCUUCGGCAAGUGCAAGGGCCUCUUCGUGCCCGAGCUGUACACGCACCCGGGCGCGGCGUGCGUGCAGUGCCGCGACUGCCGCUUGCUCUUCCCGCCGCAGCGCUUCGUCGCGCACUCGCACCGCAGCCCCGAGAACAGGACGUGCCACUGGGGCUUCGACCCGGCGCGCUGGAGGCGCUACCUGCUGCUGAGCGAGGAGUACGCGGAACGCGCCGAGCGGGAGAGGAUGCGCGGCCUCUUGGACGCCCUCAAGGAGCGCUUCGAGCCGCACGGAGCGGCGGCGGCGCACGCCGGCAAGAGGGCGGCGGCAGCGGCCGUCGCAGCGGUGGCGGCCCUCGGGAGCAAGGCGGUGAGCGGCAAUGACGCGGUGCAGGCGAAGAAGCAGCGUCUGGAGGAGUGCCUCGUCGGAAAGUUCCACUCGAUCGGCAAGGAGAGACACGGAGAGAGACACGGAGAGAGACACGGGGAGAGACACGGGGAGAGACACGGGGAGAGACACGGAGAGAGACACGGGGAGAGACACGGAGAGAGACACGGAGAGAGACACGGGGAGCGACACGGGGAGCGACACGGGGACGUUAAGCACAAGUCAAGCCAUCGGGGAGGGUCGGAGGGCAGUGGCGGUGGGGGUCAGAGGUCGUCCGCGUUCCGCCCCUGGUCCACGGAGGGAGCGGCCGUGAAGGGAGAGAAAGAUGGCGGCGCGGGAGUGGCACAGGCGGCCAUGAUGCACAACCCCAGCCUCAUGUUGGCGCCCAUGGGAGUCCUCUCUCACUCCGCACUCAACCCGUACUGUGCCUACCGCAGCUACGACAGCUGCGUGGCACCCAACGUGGCGCUGGUUCCCAUGGCGCUGCCCCCGGGUGGUGCGGGAGGAGGAGGAGCGGCCUCGAACCCCCAGGGCCGCGUUGGGAGCCGCGGGGAGCGAGGGUCCCCUCCCCGCGACCCCCCCGACUGCAGGGGAGGCCCCCCGCCGCUGAGGAACCCCUCCGUGGGGGGCCCGGCCCUCGCCGAGCCGCCGGGCUGCGAGGCGGAGCGAGGAGCGGCGAGGCCCGGAGAAGCUGUCGCCCUCCUCACGUCGCCAUCGUCGCUGUCGUCUCUCUCAUCCUUCUCCCCCGCGGGGGGCAGGGAUCCCCGCAAGGAGGCGCAGGGGGGGCCCCCCACUGCGAGGGGAGAGGGCCGCGCCCUGGGGGCUGGCGGCAGAGGGGCCAGUGGGGACGGGACCCCCUCGGGGGUGUCCGGGUCGACGGGGUCGGACGGGGAGUCGGAGGAGGUGGACGUGGAGACGGAGGACGGAGAUGAGGCCUCCUCCACCUCGUGCCUGUCCUCGCCGACGGUUCCUAUGGCAACAGUCCCCACGGCGACAGUCCCCGCGGCGCCACGCCGCUCCCCGGUCCCGGCCGACUCCACGCGGAGGAGGAGGAGUGUCACCAUGGAGCCCGCGCCCAGCAACCACGGGCGUCGCCACGACGAUGAUGACGGCGACGACGGCGACGACGACGACACGGCUUCCCCCUCCUCCUCCUCCGGCGGUCGCCAUGGAAACGACGGUUUCCGAGGCAACUCGGACAACGUGCCUCCCGUCUCCAUGGGUGACAGUGGUUGCCACGACGAUGGCGAGACGGAAGCUGGUCGUCGUGGAGACGGAGCAGCCGGGGAGCGGCGCGCAGCGACGGGCGCGGAGCAGAGGACCGUGGCUGUGCACGGAGGCGGAGAGGGGGAGGAGGGGGGCCACGGGGAGGGGAGGGGGUUGAGGCGAGACGAGGAGGUGGAGGAGGAGGAGGAGGAGGCGGACGAGGUGGAGGAGGUGCUCCGUUUGCUCGACUCGGCGCUGGAGUGGAGCGAGAAGAGGGAGCGGCUGCUGAGGAGAAUCGCGCGAUCGCAACAGAUUCACCAGCAGCGCGAGAGAGCGGCGCGCAGAGACCGGGAUGCCCUGGCACAGGUGACGCGCCGGCUGGGCGCCAUGCAGGCGGAGCGCGAUUGGCUGCACGGGGAGCUCACCGCCGAGCGGUUGGCGCGCGUGGCGAGCGAGGGGCGGCUGUCCCAGCUGCAGGCGCUACUAGCGCCCCCCGCUACCACCACCACCGCCGCCACCGCCAACCACAACCACAACAACACGAGCAGCAGCGCGGAGAAGCGAGACGCAAAGAACGCUCAGCACCAGCAGCAGCAGAGUCCCAGGGAGAGGGCGGUGGGCACGGGGGAUGGAGUGGGGGGCAGCGGGCCCCACCGUGGGGGGCCCUCUUCCUGCCCCUCGCCGCCAGCACCGGCUCCAGAGCAGCAGCAGGACCUCGCCGCCGGCUGUUAACGGCACCGCGGCGCCACCGCUCGGCACCUUUCUUCGUGGACCCCUCCAACGGGGCUCCACUGGUGGUGGUGGGGGGGUGGGGGCGGGCGUCCCCCUAACUGACCCUCGCCGUCCGACGAGGCCCCCAUGGGGCCUGAGGGCCCACGGCGGAGCCUUGCAAGGGCCCACACGGAGUCACUGAUGAGGGUUCCACCACGCGGAACCUUAAUGGCACGUACGGGUCGGUGAGGGUCCCCCGUACAUGGAACGCUCGAGGGCCCCACCCGCUGUCGUACCUUGACGGCGCACGCAAGCCACUGAGGGGACCCCCCCCCCUUCCGUUUUAACUCUUUGAGGGGCCCGCGCAGGACACGUAGGGGCACCCGUGCGUGGAAACCCGAGGGCCCCCCCCCGCCACGUAGUGGACCGUGACUGGCGCGCACAGUGUCCCAGAGGCCCGUACACAGGACAUUGAGACCCCCCUCCCCCACGUGGGGAUUACCUGGCCCCUCCCACGGGGGGGGGCCCUGGACUCGCGCGCUCCCGCACGGGCCCGGCUGGAGGUCGUCUCCUCCUCCUCCUUUGUUGUUGUUUUUUUUUUUACGGUCGCGGCGACGACGGCGGUGGCGGCGGUGGCUUCUGCGUCGUCGCGGUGACGGGGAGCCUGGACGCGAGGCCUCGGCUCCUCCACGGUGCUCAUGGAGACUCGCUCAGUAUUCGCCCGGAAACGACGGACCGUGGUGGCACGGUGGUGGCACGGUGGUGGUGGGACGGGGGGCCCGUGUAACAGCAGCGGCAGCAGCAGCAGCAGCCACAAGACUCGUUUUAUUUAAUCAUCAGCACCUGUGCGUGUUUGUGUGUGCGUACAUAGGCGUGUGUCCGAGAGAGAGCGCGUUUGUAUGGGGCGGUUGGGUCUGUUUGUGUGUCGGACAGCGUUUGUUUCUGUCAGCGUGUUUGUGUAUGUGGCGUUGUUUUUGUAUGCAUGUCUGUGUGUGUGCGCGCGCGUCUCACACCACUCAGCGGUUAGCGUGCUGU